GGAAGGGGAGAAACUGGAAUGUAGGGCUCACUGGAGCACCUGGUCACUAGGCUCAGGCCAGGCUUGCCCUGCAGCAGAGGCCACCCUGUCACCAGACCUGCUCGGGCAGGACCUAAAGACAGGUUCAGAUCCACAUUGUCCUGUGACAAUUUGGGACUGAGAGAGUUUGGGGUGGGGAUAAACCUCACCCCCAAAAUGGAAGGGAUUAAGCCGGUUGGCUGUCUGCUCGGCGGCUGAGGCUACCACUGUGUACCGCCAGGGCUGGGCUAGGCGAAUAGGAGCAGUAACCGAUUUUGGACCCGCAUCAAACCAUUCGGCCAUCGUCACUCAGAUGAACCUGUUCAUGCAUGACCGUAAUGAGCUGUAUCCAUCAAAGUCGUUCAUGCAGAUCAUUGAGCUACCAGGAGCAGAGACACUGGCAGAAGACAAGAAUGUCUUACAUUCACCGGAAUGGCCUUUGCUCUGCAGAUCCCUUAUGGCAUUCUCUCAAGUGGUGAACAACCUGGCAAGGUCCCCAGACCCAGACAGAGUCAUCGAUUAUAGUGAGUCUAAAUUAACUCAGCUGCUGCAAGAGGCUUUGGGUGGAAACUGCAAGACCCGAGUUAUCUGCUGCCUUCGAUCAAACCCGGAGCCUAAGCUCCUCGCUAAGGUCCUGAGAACCUGCACUGAUCUCUCUCAAGUCAAAAACUUCCCGGUGUUAAAUGAAUACUGUGUUGAGUCACUUAUAAUCCAGUACCGGGCUCGCAUCCAGGCACUCGGGCAGGAGCCUGACCAGGCCGGCAACACCAAAGGACAACCCAAUAAAGUCAACGCACCCAAGGAUCAGAUCUGGAGAUUAAAUAAUGAAAAUGUGUUCCUGCGCGAUAAGAAUGAGCGUUUGUACCACAAGCUGGGAGAGCUGCAGGAGACCAUGGCGCAGAUGGCUGGCUCCAAGGCUGAUCUCUCCUCCAAACUGGUUUUCAGUGAGGAAGAAAAGCUCAAGAUUUCCAAGGACCUCAUUGAUCUGCAGAUUGAGACAAAUAAGAUGAGGGAAAAGUAUGAGGCGGAGAACUUUGAGCUGAAGAAUAAGAUUCUAAUCCUUGAAAACCGAGCAGUGGAGCUGGAAAUACAGAAGGACAGAAGCUCACGAGAGCUUGAGAUGGGCGAGGAUCGCCUGCAAGCGAUGGAGAAAACCCGCAAGGAGCUGGCGGACGAAUAUGUUGUCCUGAAGAGCAACUACCUGGCCCUGAGCAAAGAGCACGAGAAGGAGAUUUCAAAGAAUGAGGAACUGGGUUUGGAGCUUUUAAAUUUGGCCAAUUCUAGGAAUUCGUUUUUGAAACAACAGGACAAUUAUACCAAGUCACGGGCUAUUUAUGAAGAAGCAGCAGAGGAACUUAACAGAGUACGGAGUCUUGUUGCUCAGCUCAGUAGUGAAAAGAUUAAGGCAGAAGAGGUGGUGGCUUCUGAAUCCGAGCGCAACAGAGUAGAAAAAAACUUGCUGGGUAACCAGGAGGAGAUCAAAGAGCAAAUUGAAAAUAUGAAGAAAAGCCACGAAGAACAGCAGCGCAUAAUGGAAGAGCGAAUAGUCAAGAUGGGAAAAGAGCUUCAAGAAGCCAAACGAGCUAUUCGAAACACACACCACCAACUAUCGGAGCAAUCAGUGGCCUUGCUGAAUUCUCAGAGCCACCUGAAAGAGACCGAAAGUGAGAACUCACAGUUACAGCUCCAUCUGAAAGAACUGAAUGAGGAGUAUCGCUUGCGUCUCGUGCACUACAUUCAGGAUAUUACUGACUAUGUGGAUAACACAGCAAGACUUGGUCAUGACAAGCUCCCAGCUGAGCAGCCUUACCUGAAGCGGUUUGUGGACAGCAUGCUCAAUGACAUCCGAUGUGCGUACAAGGCACGUGAAGAACAGUUGGCAUCUGCAGCUAGAAAUUACAAGAAAAGGAUGAAGGAUAUAUACAAAAAGCAUGAAAUGCUGUUGAUCGCUUACAGGUCCCAGAGGGAGCAGAUCUUGGGGUUGAAGAACGAGGAUCUGGACGCUGGGCCUUCAGAAGUGGAGUUUGUGGUCACAGACAGCGAGUUGCUCUCUGGUCAGGCCCAGGAACUGAACCGACUGCGAGAGGACAAAGCCUGCCUGGAAUCCCAGCUGAGAAACGGCCUGGAGCAGACCAAACCAUCUGGAAGUUAUUUACCAACCACUUUGUUCCCAAUGUCAGAGACUCGUGGGAAGGUCAAUGACGGAAAUUGGAUGGAACUCAAGAAGCAGAUGAGAGAGUUUACUUUGACCACACAGGAGGAGUUGGAGUCCGAGAGAGGCCAGCUCAGUUCACGGCUCAAGGUCACCGAGGGCCAAUUAGCUGAAUUGCAGGACUAUGUGGACAAGCACCUAGGCAGAUACAAGGAGGAAAUCGUGCGGCUCAGGAAGCUCAUUGGCUCGGAAGUUCCCCUGAAUUAUCAGUGUUGACACCAAUCGGCCUCAUCUCCUGUUGCAAUCGGACAAAAAGUCCAACUCAGGAAUGCAGGGAAAUGAUACACAAUGCUGUCAAUCCGACCGUCGUUUCUUUAUAUAAAAGAAGAGAAGGCCUUCCUGAUUGAUUAGGAUCCAAAGUGAAUUGUGAUCAUUGAGAAUCCGCACAGGGAGGUUGGUUUCUAUUGCUCUGACAUACAGAAAUAAAACAUACUUAGUUACUUUUCCAGGACAA